AUGGGAUGCCUCUCAUCGAAACCCGCGGAUUCACCUUCGUCCGGACGAGCUCAUGACUACGACCCGAAUCUCGCCCCGGAGGCUCCCAAACCCGUGAGGCCCCGGCCCCCGGCUCCCGCGACUGCUGACGUCAGCCCUAUCGGUGAUGACGAGGAAUUCGCUCCCAUGCCUCCGCAACCAGCGCAACCCGCGGGAAGGAAGACCCUCCGCUCCGGCGACACUCCCAGCGCGAAAAAUAUUCACAUGGAGUCCACCACCAAGAUGCUGCAGUUCAUGAAGCACGCCGAGUCCAUGGACUGGCCCGGCCCGGAAUCCCGAAAGUGGAACUACACCUCCGUCGAGACCAGCGGAUCCUACUCCUUCACCAAGAUGGGCAACAAGGAACAGGUCAACGGGACGAUCGCGUCGGGAUUGAGCACCCUGCACUCAAACCCCGGCAAGUACAUCGGGUGCAUGUACCAGACCGACAUGGUGGACUGGCCGGAAGAUCAGCAGCAGUACACCCUCAUCGAGCGCGAGGGCACCGUGGGUCUCAAAUACAAACCCGGCGAGGCGUUCACCGUCGAGAUGGCAAACUACCAGGCGUUACCCCACGUCACCGAGGUGGACAUCGACUCCAUCGACGACGGCGUCACGAUGCAGAUGACCAGCCACGGUAAGUUGCUCCACGGUCCGCGUAACGUCCCGCUGUGUCCCGGCCGCGGCAUGGGCGUGCUGGACCGCCCGGGGAUCAAGAUCAUCCAGAACGUGGACCCGGGGGAUAUCCACCAGGGCAGCGUGGGCGACUGCUGGCUCCUCUCCGCGAUAUCCGCGCUCGCGGAGUUCGACGGCGCCAUCUUCGAGCUGUUCAAGAAGACGCCGGACAUGCACCAGAUGCCCAGGGCGGGUCCGAACCGUUACCACGUCACCCUCUACGACCUGAAGACGUGGCAGCCGGUGGACGUCGUCGUCGACGAGAGGUUGGCGUCCAACCCCAGCAACCCGGGGUCGCUCUUCGGCGCGAAGCCGUCCGACGACGGCGAGCUGUGGGCGUGUUACCUGGAGAAGGCGUUCGUCGCGCACUGCGGCGGUUGGGACCACAUCGAGGGCGGCGUCCCGCCGCACGCGUGGGCGAUGCUCACGGGUUGCAAGGACCAGUACACGAUUGAGAUGGAGAAGUCCGGCAAGGACAAGGGGAAGUGGAACUGCUGGGGCAACUACAACAAAGAUCGGGACUUCUACAACGAGCUCGCCAACAGCAGCAAGGAAAAGCAGCCGCCGAUGUGGCAGCAAGACUGGCCGGAGGUUGGCGGCGGGGGCGAGGGUGCCAUCACGGGGGAGGAGCUCUUCCGUAAGGUGGUCGCUUGGGACGCCGCAGAUUUUAUCAUCGGGUGCGCGUCCGAGGGCGACAACGAUACGGUGAAACACGACGGAAUCGUCGACGGACACGCGUACACGGUGCUCCAGGCGUUCUCCAACGUCGCCGGCAGCGGCGUGGAUCUGGUUCAGGUCAGGAACCCGUGGGGCUCUGGUGAGUUUGAGAAGGGGAUGUGGACCGACAUCAACGGCUUGGCGUCUGGCUGGCAAAAGUACCCGAAGGUGAAAGCCCUGUUGCAGCCGAAGGUGGCGGAGGACGGACUGUUUUGGAUGAGCAAGGAGGAGUUUUACAAGUACUUCAAGACCGUGUACCUGUGCGCGAAGAGCAUGAGAGAUUUCAAGGUUGACUGA